CUGCGCCAGGGCACGCGCGAGAGGAGAUUGUUCGCGGGGAAUUCUGGGAUUCUGCCGGUAAACGUCACCAGGAUUGCCGGUCGGCCCGAACGGCCGGUGAUCAUCACUAUCUCUAGGACUCCGGUGCUCGUGCACCCUAAGAACGAAACUUUGAAUCUCGGCGGGCAUUCGUUCCAUCUUCCGAUUGAACACAGCGUUUGAUUUUUGCUCAAUGUCGGUUUCGAUUGUUUGAGCUUUUCGGUGCAAUUUUGCGUCGAAGGGCGUCCGGCGCCCAUCCAGUCAGUGUUCGUUCGAUGGUUGUGAGGACAUUGCAGCUUGAAAAUCCCGAUGGAACCGCGACGUCUUAUUUAGAAUUUUUUGUGGGAGAAAUGUCUAGUUGGUGGCAGAGGGCGUAGUCAGUGAAGUGCGAGUUUUUCUUGACGACUGUCGAUCGUUUUUGGUCAAUUUUGAGCUGACGGAUUUUCGGUACUGGACUUCUCUUCUGAGAGGACGAUAUGGCGGCCUCAGCUUAUCCUCCGCCUCCGCCCUAUUACAGAUUGUACAAGGACUUCUCUGAGAAUCCUGACUCCUGUCCUGCCCCUCCCCCGCCCGUCGUGGGCACCUACAACCUUUUCGGCGCCAACUACACGACGGACGAUGUUUUACCAAGUUUGGAGGAACAAGGGCUGAGGCAACUUUAUCCCACGGGUCCGAAUGUGGACUACAAGAAAGAGCUCAGAUCGCUCAAUCGAGAACUUAGUUUCCAGUUUUUGGAGCUAUCAGAUGUGCUGGUUGAAAGACCAUCUCAAUAUGCUCGGCGAGUGGAAGAUAUGGGUCUUAUACUUAGGAAUAUGCACCAUCUUCUCAACUCAUUGCGGCCUCAUCAGGCUAGAGCUACUCUCAUUCACAUACUUGAAUCACAAAUCCAGAGACGGAAAAAAGCUGUCGCUGAUAUUCGUCGGAAGAGGGAGGAAGUUCGUCAGAUGCUGCAAGAGUCCCUUUCGACACUUGAUGGUCACAUGAAUGACAUGCAACAAGAUGGUGGCAUGGCUGCUUCGCUCAUGGAAUCAAAUUUAGGUGGUCAAAAGAAUGGAAUGAAGAACUAUGGCUUCGGGGCCGCUCAAACAUAUCGGUAGGUAGUUGAGGGAGACACAUGUACAGUUACAGAAGGCGGUUAGUGUAAAUUUACAUUCUGAGGUUUCAGUUUUUGUCUUGUCACGUCUAAUCUUGCUGAUUCAGGGCAGUAAAGGUAAGCGGGACGUUUGUGUUGAAUAUUUUAACAAGAUGACUGUAAAAUGGUAAGCAGUGCACAUACUCGGAGCUAUUGGGCUUCUGAGAAAGCGGAACCUUGUUUUUAUUGAAGAAUUCGCUGUAGUCUUAACCUAGAAGCCUAAUUUUACACGAUGCUGCUUGAGUAUGGUAUCAUCUCGUGUAAAAAUGGAAAGCUUUAUUUUGUUGGAGAUGCUACCACUCGCCAGGAUACGUAGACAAUGAAUUGAAACCCAAGCCUUUGUACCAGUAGAUGUUAGUUUCAGGAGUAGUCUUGUUUAUCGAUCCACAUACUACUUGAAUUAAUCUAACCAUAAUUGAAGGGUACCAUUGCAUUACCAUUUUAUGAAUCUUAUCGUUUCUCUCAUGUAUAAAUUCUUUGACUCGUUUUGCAUUUUCUGAUUUAAAUUAUUAAACAAAUCACGACCUGGGCAUGGAGUGUCGUGAAGUCAUCGAUUCAUUUAUUCCUUCAUU